GUCAUCAUUCGUUCCUCUCCAGCCUCCCCAAGGGAUUUGACAGCAUGGUGGAUCGGGGGCUUAACACGUGGCUGGGGCUGCUGUACUGCAUGGCGGUGCCGAAGGAUCUCCUGAUAGCUCGAACGUAUCAGAUCUCGCCGUCGGUGUGGAUGUCCGGGACUGUGAAAGUGAAGUCGCCAUCCGUCCUGCCGGGAGAGCGAGGAGAGGAGGAGCUGAGGUGGCACGUAGAGAAGGAGUCCUUCGUCGCUCGGGCGAUGGUUGCAAAGAACCUCCUCGCCAACGGGGACCUCUCCUUCUGUGCUGGCGCCGAGCAUCGCGCCAACAGUUUACAGGACCUCAAGGGAGGCGGAUCCUCUGAGACGAUCCCCUUCUUCGCUCUUGUGCACAGAUUCUCUCGGGGAACCUUCCAGGUUGCGGUCGAGGGGAGCGGGAAGGUGGCGGCAGAGGUGGAGAUGCGCUUUGAAGGAAAGAGGAACACGACCUCCUCCUUCACCUUCGGCGGAAAGUGGGAGCAGAGAAGACGUCUGCAGAUCGGAGCUGGGUUCCAGGUGGAGCUCUAAGGAGACGCUCGGAGGUCCCUGGGGAUGACCCAUCAUGCCAUGAUCGGACUGAGUGACUGCUGCCUCGGAACUUUCACGGUUCCGGACUCUUGAAGGAACUUCGGAACUUGGAACUUGGCAGUAAACCGUCCGAACCUCGG